GUCUGCUCAGCGGAGACUCUUCUCUGCGGGAAGAGGCUGCUUACCGUGCUGGACCUUGGCACCCACAAGGUGUCCUCAUGAACAGGCAGGCCGGGCACCCCCAGCAAAGAAGGCGGUAGACGCUAUGGAGCCCGUGCGCAAGGAAGGCAAAGACAACCCCCUGCAAAACGCCAACUUCUGCUCAAAAAUCUUUUUCUGCUGGCUCAACUCCUUGUUUCUUAUUGGCCACAAACGGAAGCUUGAGGAAGAUGACAUGUAUAAAGUUCUCCCCGAAGACACCUCAGAAAGGCUUGGAGAAGAGCUUCAGUGGUAUUGGGAGGAGGAAAAACAAAAAGCUCAAAAAGAAGCACGUGCACCACGUUUGACAAAAGCCAUCAUACGCUGCUACUGGAGAGCCUAUUCAGUUUUAGGGUUUUUUACAUUUAUUGAGGAAAGCAUUAAAGUGAUCCAGCCAAUAUUUCUUGGAAAUGUUGUGAGUUACUUUGAGAUCAAUGAUCCCAGUGAUGCAGCCUUGGCUAAUGCUUAUAUCAACGCUGCCGCCUUGUCCGUCUGCACCCUCCUUUUAGCCGUGCUGCAUCAUAUCUACUUUUAUCAUGUUCUCCGAGCCGGUAUGAAGCUUCGAGUAGCCAUGUGCCACAUGAUUUAUAAGAAGGCUCUUCGUCUUAGUAACACUGCCAUGGGAAAAACAACCACAGGACAAAUAGUAAAUCUCUUGUCAAAUGAUGUGAAUAAGUUUGACCAGGUUACCAUUUUUCUUCACUUUUUGUGGGCUGGCCCUUUGCAAGCCGUAGCUGUAACGGUGCUUCUUUGGAUUGAAAUUGGCCCGUCGUGCCUUGCAGGAAUGGCUGUGCUAAUUAUAUUGAUGCCUUUGCAAACAUGUCUUGGUAAAUUCUUCACUUCUUUAAGGGGCAAGACAGCAGCCUUCACAGACAUCAGAAUUCGCACCAUGAAUGAAGUAAUAUCCGGAAUGAGGAUAAUUAAGAUGUAUGCUUGGGAACAGCCAUUUACAGAGCUCGUCAAUAACAUAAGGAAGAAUGAGAUAUCCAAGGUACUCCGAAGCUCAUAUCUUCGUGGAAUCAACUUGGCGUCUUUCUUUGUUGCAAGCAAAAUCAUCGUGUUUGUGACUUUCACCACGUAUGUUCUGCUUGGCAAUGUUAUCUCUGCAAGUCGAGUGUUUGUUGCAGUGUCCCUUUAUAGUGCAGUGAGACUCACUGUGACUCUCUUCUUCCCCUCAGCUAUUGAGAGGGUUUCUGAGGCAAAAGUCAGCAUAAGGAGAAUCAAGAAUUUUUUAUUGCUUGAUGAGAUUACCAAACCAGCUCUUGAAGAGACGGAUGAACAGGAAGAAAAUCUGUUGGUGCAAAUCCAAGACCUCACAGGUUACUGGGACACGAGUUUGGAAAUGCCAACUCUCCAAAAUAUAUCCUUUACCGUUCGACCUGGGGAAUUACUGGCUGUAAUCGGACCUGUUGGAGCUGGGAAAUCAUCGCUUUUAAGUGCGGUGCUUGGGGAGCUUCCAAAAGAUAAAGGCUUUGUGGAUGUCAGAGGAAAAAUUGCAUAUGUCUCCCAGCAGCCAUGGGUAUUUUCAGGAACGGUCAGAAGUAAUAUAUUAUUUGGGAAAGAAUAUGUUCAAGAAAAAUACGAGAGAGUCCUCAGAGCAUGUGCCCUCAAAAAGGAUAUGCUGCAAUUAGAUGACGGAGACCUGACUGUAAUUGGAGACCGUGGUGUUACGCUGAGUGGUGGACAGAAAGCCCGUGUGAAUUUGGCAAGGGCAGUUUACCAGGAUGCAGACAUUUAUCUUUUGGAUGAUCCUCUAAGUGCCGUGGAUGCCGAAGUUGGGAGACAUCUGUUUGAAAAGUGCGUCUGCCAGGCUCUCCGAAAAAAGCUUUGCAUUUUGGUCACCCAUCAGCUGCAAUAUCUUAGCGCGGCCAAGCAAAUUUUGAUCCUGAAGGAGGGCCGAAUGGUAGGAAAGGGAACCUUUCCAGAGUUACUGCAGUCUGGUGUCGACUUUGCUUCCCUCCUGAAAAGUGGAGAUGAUGAACAGUCUCCAACUCAAGAUGGCCAGCUGAUCAGGUCUUCUAGAAUUCGUACCUUCUCCCAGUCGUCUGUGUGGUCGCAAGACUCUUCAGCGCCAUCGCAAAAGGAAGGGGUUUCUGAUGUGUUGCCAACAGAACCUGUCCUGACUACACUACCUGAGGAGAGCCGUUCUGAGGGUACCGUUGGCUUCAAGGUGUACAAGAAAUACUUUCUUUCUGGAUCAAGUUAUCUGACCCUUUUUGUUCUCUUCUUGCUUAACAUUUUGGCACAGGUUGCAUAUGUGUUGCAAGACUGGUGGCUUUCUUACUGGGCAAGUGAACAGGAGAAACUCAAUAUUACAUCAACUGCAAAUGCCACUGAGACAGAGAAGCUGGAUCUCAGUUUGUAUUUGGGAGUCUAUGCAGGUUUAACUAUCGCUACCAUCUUGUCUGGUGUUGUGCGCAGUUUGCUGGUCUUCCAUGUUCUUGUUUGCGCUGCUCAGGCCCUGCACAACCAGAUGUUUAAGGCGCUGUUGCAGGCACCGGUCCUGUUUUUUGACAGAAAUCCCAUUGGGAGGAUUCUGAACCGUUUCUCCAAAGAUAUUGGACACCUGGAUGACUUGCUUCCUUUUACAUUUUUGGAUUUCAUGCAGGUGCUGCUCCAGAUUUUAGGAGUGAUAGCGGUAGCGGUGUCAGUCAUUCCUUGGAUUUUAAUUCCCCUACUUCCUCUUGUUCUUAUAUUCUUCUUUCUGAGGAGGUAUUUCCUCGAAACAUCCAGAGAUAUUAAACGCCUUGAAUCAACAACUCGAAGUCCAGUGUUUUCCCACUUGUCAUCUUCCCUCCAAGGUCUAUGGACCAUACGAGCCUUUAAAGCAGAACAGCGUUUCCAGGAAUUAUUUGAUGCCCAACAAGAUCUUCACUCAGAAGCCUGGUUUUUGUUUCUGACGACAUCCCGCUGGCUUGCAGUGCGUCUGGAUGCCAUCUGUGCCUUGUUUGUUAUAGCCAUCGCUUUUGGGUCUUUAAUUCUUGCUAAAAGUCUUGAUGCGGGACAGGUCGGGUUGGCUUUGUCUUAUGCAAUUACAAUUAUGGGAACGUUCCAGUGGGGUGUCAGACAGAGUGCUGAAGUUGAAAAUCUGAUGAUCUCUGUCGAAAGAGUCAUGGAAUACACUCAACUUGAGAAAGAAGCUGAAUGGGAGUCUAGGAAGAGGCCAUCCCCGGACUGGCCCAACAGUGGCAUGAUCGCAUUUGAAAAUGUCAAUUUUGCAUACAGCUUAGAUGGACCGCUGGUUUUAAGGCACUUGACUGCUUUAAUCAGACCGAAAGAAAAGGUUGGAAUAGUAGGACGCACUGGUGCGGGAAAGAGUUCUUUGAUUGCCGCCCUAUUCCGUCUGGCUGAACCUGAAGGAAAAAUUUGGAUUGAUAGAAUUUUGACGUCAGAACUUGGUCUACAUGAUCUCAGGAAGAAAAUGUCCAUUAUACCACAGGAGCCGGUUCUUUUCACCGGGACAAUGAGGAAGAACCUUGAUCCUUUUGACGAGCAUACUGAUGAGGAGCUAUGGGAUGUUUUAAAAGAGGUACAGCUUAAAGAUGUGAUCGAAGAAUUACCUGGUAAAAUUGAGACGCAAUUAGCAGAAUCCGGCUCAAAUUUCAGUGUCGGCCAAAGACAGCUGGUUUGCCUUGCACGGGCAAUUUUAAGGCGAAACCGAAUAUUAAUUAUUGAUGAAGCAACAGCAAAUGUGGAUCCCAGGACAGAUGAACUUAUUCAGAAGACAAUCCGAGAAAAGUUUGCCGAAUGCACAGUACUAACAAUCGCACACAGGCUGAACACAAUAAUUGACAGUGAUAAAAUUAUGGUGUUGGAUUCGGGAAGAGUGAAAGAAUAUGACGCGCCACAUAUUCUGCUUCAAAAUAAAGAGUCUCUUUUCUACGGCAUGGUGCAGCAGGUGGGAAAGGCGGAAGCUGCAGCACUAGCACAUGCAGCCAAAGAGGCUUACUUGAAUAAAAGCCACCAAAAAGACAGACAGAACAGCUCUAAAGGCGAUGGUGAACCAUUCAUUAUAUUUGAAACGGCUCUGUAAUAGCAUAUUUACUUGCUUACAAGCCAACUGCGUGGAUGUGGCACUAAACCUAAGUGGUGCAUUGGACUGAUGUCUUUGUAUACUUAAAGGGUCUUUCAAAUUGCCAAUAUUUUCACAUCUGUCUUAGUAGAGACAUAAUUGCAGUAUUGAAGAAUUAUAAUGUACUAUGUGGAUGGCAUGGGAAUAUUGAGCAGCACCACGCAUCCAAGUAUCUAGAUGGUACCACUUAUUCACGAAUGUGGACAUGGUUUUGUGCCUUCUGCCAUAUGUCUUAAGAAAUGGAACACCUGCACCAUGGUUUUAACUGGUUGUGUCAAGCUUUUACUUCCGCCCAUUGUUGUCAGUAGUGUUGGUGAGUUAGUGAAAGGGGGCAAAAUCCCUUGGUUACUGCUUGGCCGACUCGUAUAACAUACAGAAAACAUUCUGUGAAUUGCAGGCAUUAUCAAUAUUAUAAUAAUAUCAAUUAUUAUAAUGCAUUAAUAUUCAAUUAUUUAAAGAUAUGCCACUGUCAUAAGAUUGAAA